UAUUGAGUAGUACUCAAUUUUCUAAUGAUUUCUUUCAUCUGACGUGCCCAAAUCAUAAAUUACAAGCAUCUCCGAUUUAAAUUUGAAAGAGAUUCUGUUGUUGCACCAUUUAGGGUUUAUGCUGUCUAUCUGCUCCAUCGACAUGCUUGUCCGAUUGGAUUUCCGUUGUCUCUUCUUCACUAAAACCCCCGUCCGUUUACUCCGCUACUUUUGCUAUUCAGAACUCCAGGAAACGCCGCCGGCACUUCCGCAAUUGGAACCCUCAAACGACGCCGACUUGAUUUCUCAGCUACUCCUCCAACACCACAAUCCAUUUCACGCCAUGGAAUCCUCUCUUCAGCUCAAUGGCAUUUCCUUCACCCCUUUCCUUGUCCAUCAGACUCUCCUCCGACUCAAACACUCUUCUAAAGUUGCCCUCUCCUUCUUUCACUAUUCCCAAUCCCAUCCCAAUUCCACCUCCCUCGGCGACACCUCCACCGCUUUCAAUCUCCUCAUCGACAUUUUAUGCAAAGUCCGCCAGUUCGAUGUUUCCUGGCAGCUUAUUAUUCAAAUGGACCAGAAAUCUGUAAAAACCAACUUCACUACUUUCUAUUUGUUGAUCCGUAGGCUUAUCUCUGCUGGCUUCACCCGCCAAGCUAUUCGGACUUUCAGUGAAAUGCACAUAUUUCUUGAUCAACAAAGUGAAGAUGAAGUCUGGAAAUCAUACUUUUGUUAUCUUCUUGAUACCCUUUGUAAAUAUGGAUAUGUCAAGGUGGCUACUGAAGUGUUCAAUAAAGAGAAAUGGAGAUUGGAGCUCAACUGUAAGCUUUAUACCAUUCUGAUUUAUGGUUGGUGUAAAGUGAAGAAUAUAGAGAUGGCAAGGAGGUUUCUUUGUGAGAUGUUGGACAAGGGAAUUGAUCCAAACGUGGUAAGUUACAAUGUGUUAUUGAAUGGAAUUUGCAGGAGAGCGAGUUUGCAUCCGGAUGGUAGGUUUGACAAGGUAAUUAGGGAGGCAGAGAAGGUGUUUGACGAAAUGACUGAAAGAGGUGUGGAACCAGAUGUGACCAGCUAUUCCAUACUCCUCCAUGUCUAUAGCCGGGCUCAUAAGCCUGAGUUAUCACUUGGGAAAUUAAGGAUUAUGAGACGCAAAGGGAUAUGCCCGACUAUUGUGACGUAUACCUCAGUCAUCAAGUGCCUCUGCACUUGUGGUAGGAUUGAAGAUGCGGAGCUGUUACUCGAGCAAAUGGUUUCUAAUGGGGUGACUCCGACAUCCACAACUUACAAUUGUUUCUUUAAAGAGUUCAAAGGGAGGAAGGAUGUAGAUGGUGCAUUGAGGUUGUACAGGAAAAUGAAGCAGGGUUCCCUUUGCUCACCUAGCGUGAGCACAUUCAACAUAUUGUUGGGGAUGUUAUUGAAACUGGGCCGAAUGGGGCUGGCAAGAGAUAUUUGGGACGAUAUGGAGGAUUCUGGAGCAGGGCCUGAUUUGGAUUCAUACACAUUGUUGAUUCAUGGAUUUUGUGAGAAACAAAAAUGGAAAAUGGCCUGUGAAUUCUUUAUGGAAAUGAUAGAAAAGGGUUUUCUGCCGCAGAAGGCCACCUUCGAGACACUUUACAGAGGCUUAAUACAAUCCGAUAUGCUGAGAACUUGGAGAAGGUUAAAAAAAAGGCUUGAUGAGGAAUCAAUAACUUUUGGUUCAGAAUUUGAAAAUUACCACCUCAAGCCUUAUAGAAGGUAAUCUGAUGAAGUUCUGAAAGGGGUUCAAGGCUGAACAAUCUGAUGUAAAGCUAAAGAGCUAACUGAUAUUUCCUGAUUAAUGGGUAGCUAUUUAUAAUUGAUGGUGUAACAGACAUCAAGGACAGAAGUUAGAUCCUUAGGCGUUAGUUCAGGCUGUAAUGGGUGACACCGGGCACAUUAAAGGAGACACUCUUCAUCUCCAAGGCCCCCUGUGUACCAACAACCAUAUGCUCUUCCCCCUUACCACCAAUCUCAAGGAGGAACAUUCUCCCAACCAAGUAAUGAAAUGAGUCGGAUUGAAACUUGUUCAAGCACAUGAUGGACAAAAAGACACAAACGGAUGCUCAAAUUGCUUCUCAUGGCUUCCUUCAGCAAUCUUGAAGUGCAAAUGGGCCAAAUUUCUCAAGCCCUCAACUCUAGACCUAAGGAUGCUAUACCAAGUAAUAUGGUGGCUAUAACCCUAAAGAAUUUGGUUGUGGAGACGGAUAAGAAAGUGAAGGAGUUGCAAGAUAACAUUGUUGCAGUCAAUUUUACUCCACAAAGCAAAGUGGGCAAGAUGCUAAUGGAUAUUGUAAGACACAUUUUGAGGAAAAUGAAGAGAUCGAAACCAGGCUAAUGAAAGAAUGGUAUUAGAUGAUUUUCAUGAUGAGUGGGGAUAUCACAACUAUUCUACCUGGUGGGGGUGCCCAUGUGACUCGUGAUGGGCGUUUGAUUAUUCUAAGUCGAGAUUGUGGUCUUCACGUUGUCGAACAAUCAACAUUCUUUCUUUAGUUAAAUUUGAAGUCAAUAUGUUUUAUAGAAAAAGGAACCCAUGCAACGAUAGAAAAUCCAUUUUUUAGAGAGUCUGUCUUAAGACAGGCCCUAAUAGCAGUUGUCGCCUACUUCACUGAGUUGUGGUUCUAAAAAGAAGAUUUAGCUUGGUAUAUUUCAUCAAGAGAAAGCCAUAUCUAUAUAUAGAAAGAAAAAUCAAAAUUGCGGAAAGCGGAGAAAGUCGGUUACCUUUUGAAUCAAAGUAGCGACAAGCCGAGUAUUAUGACUAUAGGGGAAGAAGCAAAGCUUCGUAGACAACUUCGCUUCCUCCUCGCUUCUUUCCUGGCGACUAACUUCUCAAGUGGGCAGCUUGGUAAGCAAGCUAUCUUCAACUAAAGGAGCUCUCAAAGAUGCAUGAAUUAACAAUGAAACUGGCUUUGCAGAAGUCUUACAAUGAUGAACUCUAAAGUCAAUUUGAAGGUUAAUGUUCUCUCCAGUUACUUUAUGAAAUACACCUCUGUUUUCCUUCUGGUUGGGCUGGGAAUUAGUUUUGUUUGCUUCUCGUUUUAUUGUGAUUGUCCUUAAUGUGAUUCAGGGGCGGACCCACGUGGUAUGCAGGGGUUUCAUUCGAACCCCUUUUGUUAAAAAGAUAAUUUUUUUUAAUUUAUGAGUAUAUAUUUAACAUUGAACCCUCUGAACAUAAGUCAAGGGAUUAGCUCAGUGGCAAUAGAGGCUCAAUAUUUUGCCUUAGCUUGUCUCAGCUCGCGGGUUCGAAUCCGAAUAAGCACAUUUUUUUUUCUGA